AUGGAGCUUGCCAGGGGAGCCAAGGCUUUGGAUAGACUGGCGGACCGCUGGGCACAGGGGUAUAUCCACAUUGAGGUUCUCGGGGAGAGAUGGUUGACAGCGGACCGAGAUGGAGACGAUUUGACCGAUGUGGGGUCGAGGAUGUCGGGCGAAACACUCAAUGAACUACCCAGGACGCCCCACAAAGACCCAGAACGGAUAGCCAUGGAUACUGUACAUGCCACGCAAGAGGGCUCUUCCCUCUAUAAACAUCACGGAAUAGGAAGCUCUGAAUCCCUACCAUUGAGCACAUCAUCCCAAUCUGCCCGGGAGUCAGUGGUUGAGUUCCUGGGCCACAUUGAUGAGAGCCUUGCGGAGGGCAUCAACACAUAUACCUUGCCCAGGGACAGAGGGCCUUUUGAUGGAUACCGCAUGCGUAAUUAUUUACCCCAAAUGGGUCCAGACGAGCGUCAGUUACAUGCAGGUCAGCGUCAACCAGAGGUUUGUUAG